UGGGAUUCAUAUUUCCCUUUUCCAUUUCCCCUUUGCAGAGAGUCCCUGGGGGCUGCCUGUGGUGGCCGAUAGCCCGGCUUCCUUAGCGAAGGUGGUGAUGGCAGAACUAGCCGACCUGAAGUUAGAAAACAAGCCAUGGCCUGGAGGGACACACUCUCUCCACUACCACUACUUGGCCCUGUCAGAGCCAGGCCCGGGCCUUCCCCAGUUCCUGGCUAUAGGCUACGUGGACAACCAGCCCUUCAUCCAUUACGACAGUCGUGUGGACAGGGCCAAGCCCCAGGCCCCGUGGAUGGCAACCGUGGGCGCCCAGUACUGGGAGACAGAGACCCAGAAGCAGAGAGCCUGGGCAAAGGUGCAGCAGGUGGAGACGUGGACCGUGAUGGGCUACCACAACCAGAGCAGUGGCAUGCACAGCACUCAGCGGAUGUUCGGCUGUGAGAUCAGGGAGGACGGCUCUACCAGCAGCUUCUGGCAGUUUGGCUUUGACGGGCAGGACCACCUGUCCCUGGACCUGGAGACUCUGAGCUGGGUGUCAGCCAAACCUGCAGCCAUGCGGACCAAGAGCUGGUGGGAGAUGGAGCGCUGCUAUGCUGAGUAUGACAAGGCCUACCUGGAAGGCCUCUGCCUCAUUUCCCUGUGCAGGUACCUGGAGCUGGGAGGCCAGAGCCUCACCCGGAAAGAGCCGCCCACAGUGCAGGUGACAAGACACACAGCCCAGGACGGGGGCAUCACACUGAAAUGCUGGGCGCAGGGCUUCUACCCACGGGACAUCUCACUGAGCUGGUGGCUGGGUGAGGAGGAGCUGGUUCUAGAGACUGAGUAUGUGGAGACACGCCCCAGUGGAGAUGGCACCUACCAGACGUGGGCGGCGGUGCGGGUGCCAGCCGGGAUGGAGGACCGGUACACUUGCCAUGUGCAGCACUCUGGCCUGAACCAUAUUCUCACUGUGGCGUGGGAAGCCCCCUCUCAUCCAUGGAUAACCAGUGCUCUGCUUAUCUCCACCAUCUUCACCAUCACUUUCCUGCCAGUGGCUGGAGUGUUGAUCUUCAUCCAGCAGUACUCUCAAGCCAGGAAUCAGGAAUCUUGCCAAAAAGCCCCAGGUGGAGAGGACCCUGCAGUGAGAGUGGAGGCUGCUCAGCUGCUCUGCUGACACAAGUGCACAGUCACAGGUCAACGAGGUGUUUUGUGGGGUGUUUGGGGGCCUCCAGGGUGCUAGCUGGCUGGCCGUGGUGACCCGGCUGGGAAGGGCCCUCCCUACCCCCAAAAGGAGCCCUCCACGGCACCGUCAGCCUCGUUACAAGCAGUCUGUGCCACUAAGCUAGCUUUCACCAUCUUCCUGAAGUCCUUUUGAAACUCGAAUUGUCUUCUGUUUGGGGGGUGGGGGGGUGGGCGGUAAUAAUUCCUCGGCUCACGCUUAACAAUUUGCAGAAUACUUUCAUGUUCAGUGUAAACCCUGCUUAAGUCCCUCAGGUACUCUGUAAGUUUGGCGAUGUUAUUCUCACCUCCAGUUCCCCAACAUGAAAAUGGAGUCUCUGGGCAGUUAGGGAAGAACCAGAACAACAGUCAAGGAGUUAUGGGGGCAGCAUCCUGACCCCAUCUGCUGGCAUCUGGAAGAAGUGUCCAAAUGCCUGCCUCUUUGUAUAAGUGUGUUCUUGUGUGUAUGUAUAUUUUCUUUUGUAAAGGUGAUUAAAGUGUUGGGGGUGGUGAGGGUGUGUGGUUCUGGGAGCAUGAGGGGGAGGGGGUCCAUGAUGUAUGUGCAGGUGUGUAGGGGGUGAGGGUGUAUGAGGAGGUGUGUGGUGUGAGGGGGUGAGGGUCUGUGUGUGGGUGGUAUCUUUCUGUGGAUGAGGACAAGUUCAGAGGGACGGCUGCCCAGGGGCCUGUUAGCUGAGGGGAGCUGAAGGAUGGGAAAUGAUAUGGUCAGAAUUUUCCAUCCUGUCCUUUUGGAUGGUUUGAAGUUUUACAGUAAGGGAAAGAGGAGUUUCACCUUGUCCUGUGGAAAUGCUUGUUAAGAUUCUUGUUAAGGGUGUGUCUGGGGAAGGUCCAGCCUCACCUCCGAAUUUUCAGUGGAACAGAAACCCCACAUCUCCCUUGUGAACAAGAAUCUCCUGGGGAGCACACAUUUUUAUUUAUUCAGAAAGCAGUUCCAGUCUCAUGGCCAUCUGAUGUGCAAGGGGAGGGGACUCCAGAGCCACAGCAACGGGACCACUCCACCGUCAUAAAGGACACAAGGCUGGGCCCCUCGUAGGGCAGGGCCCCCGGAGGACCCCAAGGUAUGACAGAGCCUCUUCUGGGACUUCUGAAACCUUCCUGUCUGCAGCCCUGGGAGGCCCCAAGCCCAAGGAUGUGAAAGAUUUGUGAUACUAAGAAAAGAUUCAUCUGCCCUGGUGGCCUGAAGGGCCUCAGCAGGGAGCUCCGAACUAUCUGAUUGUACUGAAAAUGAAAAUGUGUCUUAGAUGUCUGUCUGCCUCUCCUCGUAAUGCCAUCGUGAUCCAUGUGUACAAAACAGGGUUCUGAGCACUUUACAGGUACUAAGCUGUUCAAUCCUCAUGGCACACCUGGGCGGGAGAAUUAAUAAUCCUGUGCUACAGGAAAGGAAAUGGAAGCCCAAGGUCCUACGGCUGGUUCAUGCCGGAGCCAGGAGGGAGGCCAGGAAGUCUGGCUCCAGUCUGGGCACCUCACCAUUGAACCGCCAUUGUGCCAUUCUGGAAAUGGGCAUGUAAGUCCAGGUCUGCAAUCCCUUAUCUGCGGUUCUAAAAUGCAAAACCCCAAACCAGAAUUUUCUUCCUGAUUUUGGCAUCAAAACCCAACCUGAAGUGAAAUGAGGCUACCUGUGGGCCAUUGGGCCUUUUCACAAUUUUCCACAGAAGUACUGAUGUCUUUGGUUACAUUGUGUCACCCCAGACAACCUCUGGAGAUGUUAUGUAAUGUUCAGCAUCUGCACCUUGGCACUUUCUAAAACCCAAAGAAUUCUAAAUUCUUAAAUAUAUCUGGCCCGAAGGGUUUCACGUAAGGGCUUGUGGACCUGUAUUAAUAAGGGUUUGUGACAAUAAAGGUUUUAUUUUUACA